AGACCCUGCAUCCUGGUUAGAAGAAGAAGAUCUGCUUUUCCAGGGAUUCAGGAAAGGAAAUCAUCAGGAAAAUGAUGAAUGUCAGGAGCCAGAUUUGGGAACAUCAGAAACAAGCCAACAAGGAGGAGGAAAAGAGGCAUCUGAAAAUCAAUGGGGAUUGAGUACCGUCAAGGAAAAUCUGCCUAAGAUUGUAGAUGAAGAGUCACCUCACUGUGCUGCAGUUUGGGAGUUCUUUCUGACCCAACAGGAUCAGAAAGGAAUGAGAAGGGAGAACUGCCUGUUGUGGGGAGAAGUAUUCAAAGAUAAGUCGGAUUUACAGCCACAUUGUGAAACUGAGGCUAGAGACAAGCAACAUGACUGUGUAAAGUAUGGUGCAUUUUUCAGCCAAAGCUUCCCAUUUAAUGUAUGUCAACAAAUCCACAUGCAGGGUGGGAAGGACUUCAGUGGCCACAGUCAACUUGCUUCCCUUAAGAGGCUCUACACAGGAGAUAAUCGAUAUAAAUGCCCUGAGUGUGGACUGAACUUUAGUAAGCAAAGUUCCCUGACUUCCCAUAAAAGAAUCCACACUGGGGAGAAACCCUAUAAAUGCAUGCAGUGUGGAAAGAGCUUCAGGAUGAGCAGCCAUCUUACUUCCCAUAAAAGGAUCCAUUCAGGUGAAAAACCAUAUAAAUGCAUGGAGUGUGGGAAGAAUUUCAGCCAAAAUAGUCACUUCACUUCCCAUAAAAGGCUUCACACAGGAGAGAAACCAUACAAAUGUAUUGAGUGUGGACAAUGUUACAGGUUGAGUGCUCAGCUCACCUCCCAUAAAAGUAUUCACACAGGAGAGAAUCCCUAUAAAUGCACGGAAUGUGGGAAGAGCUUCAGUACCAGCAGUUCCCUUACUUUGCAUAAAAGGAUCCACACAGGAGAGAAGCCCUAUCAAUGUAUAGAGUGUGGAAAGAGCUUCAAACAGAGCAGUCAACUUACUUCUCAUAAAAGUAUCCACACUGGGAAUAAACCAUAUACAUGCAUGGAGUGUGGGCUGAGUUUCAGAAUGAAGAGUUCUCUAACUUUCCAUGCAGGUAAACACUCGGGAGAGAAACCAUAUAAAUGUAUGGAAUGUGGAAAGAGCUUCAGAUGGAACAGUUACCUUACUUCCCAUAUGAGGGUUCACACAGGGGAGAAACCAUAUAAAUGCACCGAGUGUGGAAAAAGUUUCAGUAAGAGAAGUUCCCUUACUUACCAUCAAAGGAUCCACACAGGUGAGAAGCCAUAUAAGUGUAUGGAGUGUGGGAAGAGCUUCAGUAACUCCAGUGUUCUUUGUUCCCAUAAAAGGAUCCAUUCUGGGGAAAAACCUUAUAAAUGUACGGCAUGUGGAAAGAGCUUCAGCCAGAACAGUCAUCUUACUUCACAUAUAAGGCUCCAUACAGGAGAGAGACCAUAUAAAUGUAUGGACUGUGGGAAGAGCUUCAGUAACUGCAGUGUUCUUCGUUCCCAUAAAAGGAUCCAUUCUGGAGAAAAACCUUAUAAAUGUAUGGAGUGUGGAAAGAACUUCAGCCAGAGCAGUCACCUUACUUCACAUAAAAGACUCCACACAGGAGAGAAACCAUAUACGUGUAUGGUGUGCGGAAAGAGCUUCAGUAAGAGUAGUACUCUUACUUUCCAUAAAACUGUUCACACAGGGGAAAAAUCGUAUAAAUGCUCGGAAUGUGGACAGAGUUUCAAAGAGAAGAAUCAACUUACUUCUCAUAAAAGGAUCCAUGCUAAGAAAAAAAAACAAAAAAAUCUUUGGAAUCACCUGUGGCUACUGCGGACGACACCCAACGGGACGGGGGGCGGGGGAGCUGAAACAAUAGAGGACUGGAUGGCUAGAGGGGUCGUCGGGGGAGAGGAGGGCAGAGGCACUUCCUGUUCCGGCUCCCGCCUGGUGGGAGCGGCUGGACGGGCGCCCUGCGGUCUUGCCAGGCCGGAGCAGCCCCAGCCGCCGCCGCCGCAGCCACGGAAGGCAGGCGGGAGGGCGGGGGCGCCGCGGCUGCUCCGGGCCCUCCGCGGGGCGGGGCCAGAGGGGCAGCUCCGCCGGAACCGCCAGCGCUGCCGGCGCCUCCCGGCCCCGGACUGCAUUCCCCCGGUGCUGCGCGCUUCUGAACCGGUGAUUAUGCACGAGAGGACCCACACUGGCAAGAAGCCCUACCCGGGUUCUCAUUGCAGCAAAAGCUUUAGCAAGAACGCCACCCUGGUGAAUCACAAGAGGACUCACACAGGAGAGAAACCGUAUGAGUGUCCGGACUGUGGGAAAAGUUUCAGUCAGAAUUAUCACCUGAUGAUGCACCAGAGUACUCACUCAGGAGAGAAACCGUAUGAGUGUCCAGAUUGUAGGAAAAGUUUCAGUCAGAAUUGUCACCUGGUGAUGCACCAGAGGACUCACUCAGGAGAGAAACCGUAUGAAUGUCCGGACUGUGGGAAAUGUUUCAUUUCGAAUUCUGACCUGGUGAUACACCAGAGGACUCACACUGGUGAGAAACCGUAUGAAUGUCCGGAGUGUGGGAAAUGUUUCAGUCAGAAUUUCCAUCUGGGGAUACACCAGAGGACUCACACAGGAGAGAAACCGUAUGAGUGUCCGGAUUGUGGGAAAUGUUUCAGUUGGAAGUCCGAGCUGGUGGUACACCAGCGUACUCACAGAGGAGAGAAACCGUAUGAGUGUCCGGAGUGUGGGAAACGUUUCAGUCAGAAUUCCCACCUGGGGAUACACCAGAGGAGUCACACAGGAGAGAAACCAUAUGAGUGUCCGGAUUGUGGGAAAAGUUUCAUUUGGAAGUCCGAGCUGGUGGUGCACCAGAGGACUCACACAGGAGAGAAACCGUAUGAGUGUCCAGAUUGUACGAAAAGUUUCAGUCAGAAUUCCCACCUUGUGAUACACCAGAGGACUCACACAGGAGAGAAACCGUAUGAAUGUCUGGAUUGUGGGAAAAGUUUCAGUCAGAAAUAUCACCUGGUGAUGCACCAGCGUACUCACAGAGGAGAGAAACCGUAUGAGUGUCCGGAUUGUGGGAAAAGUUUCAGUCAGAAUUCCCACCUUGUGAUACACCAGAGGACUCACACAGGAGAGAAACCGUAUGAGUGUCCGGAUUGUGGGAAAAGUUUCAGUCAGAAUUGUCACCUUGUGAUACAUCAGAGGACUCACACAGGAGUGACACCGUAUGAGUGUCUGGAUUGUGGGAAAUGUUUCAGUCAGAAUUCCCACCUGGUGAUACACCAGAGGACUCACACAGGAGAGACACCGUAUGAGUGUCCAGAUUGUGGGAAAAGUUUCAGUUGGAAGUCAAACCUGGUGAUACACCAGAGGACUCACACAGGAGAGAAACCAUAUGAGUGUCUGAAUUGUGGGAAAAGUUUCAGCUUGAAGUCCAGCCUGGUGAUACACCAGAGGACUCACACAGGAGAGAAACCAUAUGAGUGUCCAGGUUGUGGGAAAAGUUUCAGUCAGAAUUCCCACCUUGUUAUACACCAGAGGACUCACACAGGAGAGAAACCAUAUGAGUGUCUGGAUUGCAGGAAAAGUUUCAGUCAGAAUUGUCACCUGGUGAUGCACCAGAGUACUCACUCAGGAGACAAACCGUAUGAGUGUCCGGAUUGUGGGAAAAGUUUCAGUCGGAAAUCUGAACUGGUGAGACACCAGAGGACUCACACAGGAGAGAAACCGUAUGAGUGUCUGGAUUGUGGGAAGAGUUUCAGUCGGAAAUCUGAACUGGUGAGACACCAGAGGACUCACACAGGAGAGAAACCGUAUGAGUGUCCGGAUUGUGGGAAAGAUUUCAGUCUUAGGUCUAGCCUUAUAAAUCAUGUAGGUUCACACAUAGGAGAGAAACCGUUCAAAUGCCCAGACUGUGGACGGUGCUUCACGCAAAAUUCCUUCCUUAACAGACACAAGAAAACCCACCUGAGGCAGAAGGUGACGCGAGUAGAGAAGGCUUGAAUUUCACUUCUCAUCUCCUGUUGGACAUCCGGCUGAAAAGUUACUUAAUUUCCGGACUGAUUCUUUUCAUCAAACAUGUCUCAGUAUUAGAGAUGAGAUGAGAGAAGGAAUGGAAAAUGUUAGUUUGAGAAAGGCUAACUGCACCUUUCUGGCUAUCAGCAGAACUUCCCAGUGAGCUGCUGCAGGCCCGAAAAGAUACAUGAAAGAAAGAUUGGAGCACUCAGAUUUUAUGAGAGAAGAUAUUAGGGACGUUUGUGGCAGUGACAAAAGCCUGGUAAAGUUUCAGAUGGAGAGGCUCUUCUGCCUUGCAGUUGAACAUGAUAGAUAAGAGCUGUAGGGAUAUUGAGUUGAGGAGAAAAGGCAUUGUGGUUUUGAGUGCAGGAUCUUCAGGUUUAAGAACAGCCCCUGCUGUGUUUCCAUUUCUUUCACUCCUCUCUCAGGGCUUCUUUUUAAGUUUUCCCCAAAAAUCCCUACAAGUAAAGAGAGGAAAAUUAUUUGGAGCCACUAAGUGGCAUUUUAGCUAUGUAGAUGAAUGAUACUGAUUUUGCUGAGUUUAGAAGACACCAAAAAAUUCAAGGCUUCUUCAUUUUAGGAGUUUAGAGAUCAGGUUAUAAUACUUUUUUCCCCCGGUAGAUCCGUUUGAUCUAGUGGUUAAGGCAACGGGCUAGAAACCAGGAGUCUGGGAGUUCUAGUGCCCGCCUUAGGCCUGAAAGCCGGCUGGGUGACCUUGGGCCAGUCCCCCUCUCUCAGCCCAGCUCGGUGCAAUGGAGACCAGCCUCCUCGUGGGGCACCCCGGGCAACGUGACUUGUCACGGCUAAAUAGCCUACACAUCUGGACCUCACAAGGAUUUCCCAGCAAGAAAAAGCAGCAUGAACACCGAACUGAUAUGCCAUACAAUUAAAAAAAAAAAACUUUGCAUAUGAUCCCUUUGCAGAAGGACACUGAAGAGCCAGGACCAGGCUGGGGGUGGGGCGGAAGCAAGAGGCUCUUUUGGCCUGAGCCUCAAGCUCCAAGUGGCUUCAGAUUUAAAGGUCUGCAAAGUUGUUAAACCUUACGAUAUUCAAAUUCUAUUUAAUUCUCUC